GCCCAAAGGAGAGUGUUGAGGGGCGUCGAUGACCUGGACUUUUUCAUAGGGGAUGAAGCCAUAGAUAAACCCACCUACGCCACAAAGUGGCCAAUAAGACAUGGAAUAGUUGAAGACUGGGACCUGAUGGAAAGGUUCAUGGAGCAAGUGAUCUUUAAGUACCUUCGAGCCGAACCCGAGGACCAUUAUUUUUUAAUGACAGAACCCCCACUGAAUACACCAGAAAAUAGAGAGUAUCUUGCAGAAAUUAUGUUUGAAUCGUUUAAUGUACCCGGACUCUACACUGCAGUUCAGGCAGUGCUGGCCUUGGCAGCCUCGUGGACAUCUCGGCAAGUCGGCGAGCGCACGUUAACAGGGAUCGUCAUUGACAGCGGGGAUGGGGUCACCCACGCUAUCCCAGUGGCAGAAGGUUAUGUAAUUGGAAGCUGUAUCAAGCACAUCCCGAUUGCAGGUAGAGAUAUUACGUAUUUCAUUCAGCAGCUGCUAAGGGAGAGGGAGGUGGGAAUCCCUCCUGAGCAAUCCUUGGAGACCGCAAAAGCCAUCAAGGAGAAAUACUGCUACAUUUGCCCUGACAUUGUCAAGGAGUUUGCCAAGUAUGACGUGGAUCCCCGUAAGUGGAUCAAGCAGUACACGGGGGUCAAUGCCAUCAACCAGAAGACGUUCCUUAUAGACGUCGGCUACGAGAGGUUCCUAGGACCUGAAAUUUUCUUUCACCCCGAGUUUGCCAACCCAGAUUUUAUGGAGUCCAUCUCGGAUGUUGUUGAUGAAGUUAUACAGAACUGUCCCAUCGAUGUCCGCCGUCCUAAGAAUGUCGUCCUUUCAGGAGGCUCCACGAUGUUCAGGGAUUUUGGACGUCGGCUGCAGAGAGAUUUGAAAAGGGUGGUGGAUGCCAGACUAAAACUCAGUGAGGAGCUCAGUGGCGGCAGAAUAAAGCCCAAGCCCAUGGAGGUCCAGGUGAUCACACACCACAUGCAGCGCUAUGCCGUGUGGUUCGGGGGCUCCAUGCUGGCCUACCCGGAGUUCUUCCAGGUCUGUCACACCAAGAAGGACUACGAGGAGUAUGGCCCCAGCAUCUGCCGCCACAACCCCGUCUUUGGAGUCAUGUCCUAGUGGUGGCCUCGACACCGCCGUUCCCAUCGUGUCAGCUGCCGAGCAGGUGUCCUUCAGAGCGCAGGGAAGACCUCAGCUGGCCGGAGCAGCGUGCUCGCGUCGCCGAGUGCAUGAGGCACCGCCGGUCAGCUCAGUCCAAGCCGUCUGUGUACCCAGCCCGUCACCUGCCCUCCCUUCCUCCUCUCCACCUGAGCUUCUAGCUGACAGAUAGAAUUCUGAAGGAAUUUCACUGCGACUUUAAAGAUUAUUAGGAAAAUAUCCUAGAACAUGGCGCAAAAUGGUCCCCCCCGACCACCUUCAGGAAAACAUAUGGGGCUGUAAACCCUUUUCCUCCCAGCCUAUUUUUGUAAAUAACGUGUUAUAAACUUGAAAUACAAAUUGAUGUUUAUAUUUCCUAUCAUUUUGUAUUUGAUGGUAUUUGGUACAGCGAGCUAAUCCUGAGCAUGAGCAGAUCUGGGUGUCACGAGUGCUGCUGUGAUAGACGUGUUUAAUUGUGAGGCAUGUUGUGACGCGUGUGUAGGGCAGACGAUGUAAACCAGAACAAACUUUGUUGCCACAUGUGUGCCAGAAAAUGACUGCACUUUAUUGGAGUGACAUGAAGUUGAAACACUAAACAGUACUGUAUGAGAAGCAUUGUAGAUAACGUACCUUUUCAUGUUCUUGUCUGAACUUUCUGGAACUGUUUUGUAGAAGAUGCCGGUUUGCUGUUGGUGAGUGUUGGAUGAAAUACUCCCUUGCACCAUUGUAAUAAAA